AAAGACAUGGAACCUUAGGAACCUUGGAAACCUUGGAAGGUCCUACCCGUAUGAGGUGGUGUCAUCAAAGAGAAAUCGAAAAAGACUAUAACUCGGCUUCGAAAGCUUAAAAAAAGUAAACCAAGCUCAACUUUUUUUCUUCUUCGCUCGUAACUAAUAAUGACAUAAAUUUUUGGAAACACGCACCUUUUCACCCUUCGUAACCCCUCUUGAUUGAACCAGCCUACUUUAAUAUUACGCUCAUUUACAAAUCUCUUACGUCGACGCGAUCGUCGUUACAUGUAUAUAUACAAACGUUACGUUGCCUCACCUUUAAAGAUCGUGUCGAUCCUUGACAUCUGGUCGAUCCAUUUUUCUACGUAUCCCACGUAUGCGACAGCACCACAGACAAACAAUUUGUCUUUUCAACGUCUGGAAGCUGUCGCGUAGUACAUUCAUCCUUGUUUGACACAUUACACUGUCUACAGGAAAUCUAACGCUAUCUUAUCCGAGUCAUGUUCGGGGUUGUCUUGCCAGAUCUAAAUUAUUAGAUCCAACCCGUCGGAAUGCUUUCACACCUUCGCUUCCAUAGACGGGGCCCGUCCACUCCCUCGUCUCCCAUACCCGAAAACAGCCCCUGGGAUACUGCCGCCCUUCAACCAGCCCAGCUCGUCCCUGAAGAUGGUGUUCCAGCUCCCGAGAUCCGCUUACGGUCCGAUGCCGCUGUUCCCUUCGCCCAUGCUCAUGGACAGCCAACAUCGCAAUCAUCUCAACCCACAUCGCCGUUAUCGCAGCAGCAGCAACCUUCUCAACAUAAUCAACCACCAGUCUUGCCCCCAAUUGCCAAAAUCUCUUCGGCCGAUUCCGAUCUAUCCAUAGACCUUGCUAAUCUCGACUCGAAACAACGCGAAGAAUCGAAGCAAGAACUGAAACCUCUACCGCGAUCGCCUUAUAAUGAAGACACCGGGUUUAUUGGCGGGCUAGCCUUACAGAAUUAUCGCCGGGAGCAAGAGGCACUAAAACCAGGCUCCUUAGAUAGAAAUACGACAAAUGCGUCCGAUUCUGUAUCGCCCAGUGCCCAUCCUAGUGUAACUAACUUCUCGAGCUCGAACCGUCCACCACCACCUACUAGACCUAUCAAGGCUGCCUCCUCCUUCAUCCCGCCUACCUCGCUUCAGAAUGCUACUUCAACGAAUAAACGAUCAACAAGUGCCAAAAUGGCACCAGAAUCGCCGGCCUUACCAUCCCAAGGCAUGUCUCUUGAUGCGCCAAGGGGCAAAAAGGGUCUUCCUUUUCUCAAAAAUCCUAUGUCAACACUGUUAUUGCGGAGGAAAACUAGCCAAAAUGUACCAGAUCUGACAUUACCAUUACGCGGUCACGAUGAAGAACCUACGUAUGAUCCUCGUAUUAGAGGAACCCGAGUUCACGAUUUUAGUGCUCCACGGCCGAGAAAAGUCGUCUCUAUCAACGAGCCGACUAAUUUAGGCGUCGAGAAGCCUCGUCAAGACACUAUAUCACCUACCGCGGAGUACAACUCCCCUGUUACAGAAGCGCCUCCAGUUCCCCCGAAGGACGACAAUUCCCAGUCCACCCGAUCGUCUUCAACUUAUUCUCGGACAAUAUCGGUAGAUGCUGCAUCUCUGCAGAAGUCCCAAGAUUCUAGGAAUAGUCUUCCUAGUGUUGGAUCUAGGAAUGGACAAAAUAGCCAGAGGCGGAAGAGCUCUAUUCCACCUUCACUUAUGUCAUUAUCUCGUAACGUUUCAGAAGCAUCCGCUCGAGAUGUCCUCUCGUCAUUACCCAGGCAUAUGAAAAGCACGUCUUCCCGGUUUAGUUUUGAUAUGAUCGGUGCGGCAAAGCAAGAGAAGCUGCUGGAAGAGCGACACCGGCAACGACAGCAGGAUAAAAAGGCAGAUGAGACACUCGAUCAGCGGGAUUCCCGUUUUGAUGAUUUCGAUGAAGAUGCAUUUGAUUAUGAUGCGAUGGAUUACGACGAUGGUCUAGAAGAACGUAUACCAGGGGUAAAUGCUGAUUAUGAGGAGGAGGAAGAGUUUUGCGGCGUCGAUGAUGACCCAGAUAAUGAUCAAGAAAAUUUUGCAGGCUUCGUUUUCCAGAGAUCUAACCCCAUAUCAGAGAUAACGAGCCCUCAUAGUGCCGGAUUGUUACCUACGCCUAGGGAUGAAAGUGGCAAUGCCAUUGGCUAUGCAAUGACUGAAGAAGACUCGUCGAAUAUUCCGCCGCCUUUGAAUAUUCCCGUUAAUGACCGAAGCGAAGCUCCCACGCAGCAGCCGUCGGAGGGUGAUACUCCGACAGGCUUGGGUAUUCAGGGACUUGGAGCUGUUAACGAGAUGCCUGAACGGAUGUCCUUUCAGCAGCAAUCGCAAGAAACCACGACACAAAAGCCUCUCUCCAAGGAUGAUGAACUGUAUUUCAAUGACGGACUUAUUCACGAUUUCGAUGGAGAGGGUGAUGGUUCGGCUUUUGAUGAGUCUAUAUUUGACCUGGAAGAUACAGAUCAAUAUGGUCGACCUAUACCUGGAUUGUUUGCCAAUGCGCUAUCGCAAAGACAAGCUGCCCAAGAGGCAAAGAAACGAGAAUCUGAUAUGACAUCUAGGUUGUCAGCACAAUCCGAAAUCUCGCAGUCUACUGCUCACACCUCGGUCAGUGCUGAUCUACAACCUAAACCAAUGGAGUUAGAAAUAAAUGAGGAAAGGGUCCCACGCAUUGAGGAGCGGCAGUCAUCUAUUUCAGGCUUACCAGCUGCAGACCAAGAUCAAAUAGCCGCCUACCAAGCAGCUCUGGCAGCGGCGGCUCAUCAAGCUGCUGCUUCUGGGAAGUUCCGAAGGGAUUCAUCUCCUCCUCCACCUGCGACGUUAACCAUAACGUCCCCUACGACAUCCGGAUCUUCCCAAUCCCAGGGCCAUCCCGAGGAAGUCGAUGAUUACGAAUAUGAUAAUGAUUUAUCGUCAGGAUUGGAUGAUUAUGAACUCGAUGAUGAUGAUAUCAUCGCAGAAGCUAAUGCAAGUGCCCUUGCUAAUGAUUCAGAUGGUUGGUAUGGACAAGAAUUCGGUUUUUAUUCUGCACCAACGCCACUACAUGUCCAUCAUGGUCCCAGUGUCCUGAGUGAGAAAAAUAUCUACCAAUACUCUCACGGGGGCUAUUUUGGUCCAAGCGGUGUCAACCGGUCUACCUCGGGCCGUAUUGUCUCCCGUGAGCCGAAUUUGACGCCUAUCACUGAACGCUCUGAGUAUUCAAACCGGAAUUCAAUCAUGAGUUUAGGCGUACCUCAAAGCGCAAAUCCUAACGGGCCGCUGCAGAGUCCUGGCUUAGCUCAACUGGCGAUGAUGGCUGAUGACGAUAACAUGUCUCUGUCCGCUCUGCUCCGGCUACGCUCCAAGGCGUGGGGCGACUCUCAAGCGUCGCUCGUAAGCUCGCGCGACGGUUCACCUAGUGAUAGGAAUGGCGCUACCAGCCCGUGGGGACAAGACCCGCUCGGCAUUGGACCUUCGCAUGGGCGCAAGAAUUCAGCCUUUUCUAUCUUCAGCCAAGACUCGACAGGAGCGGGCAGUGGCUCGGGAAGCCCUACACUAACCAUGUCGAUGCCUGGCGUUCCGAACCAUGCGAUCCCUCCCCUCAGUGUACCAUCUAUCUCGAACCCUGCUUCCACCACAUCCCCCGUCAGCGCACCAGUCUUUUCUCCUUUACAAACAUCUUCAGUGUGCCCACCUGUGUUUGAAGACGAAGAGACCAGUCCGCUUGACGAGAGAAAGACCGAAACGAGAAGCGCGAGCACGUCAGCAUCAGGCACAUUGUCAAGGCCAUUUUCGGAGACUAUGAGUCCAACUGUGGGUAUGCCCUCGCAAAAGAGGCCGGGCAUGGGGCACAGGCAUAGAGGAAGUGCGGACAGCAUUUCCUACACGAAAGAAGAAGACAGUGGGGAAACGCGAUGGAUCAUGGAAAGGCGCCGAACCUCAGAGUCAGGCGAAAUUGAAGUCCUUGGUCGGCAGGUGGUCGAUCGGGGCAGGAUCUAGUGGCUUCUGAGAUAUCUUCGAGAUUUGUGAUCGAGCGAUUGCUCCAUUCUCGCUAUCUGCAAAAGUAUAAGGACAGGAGACCCGGCGCAACGGUGGUAAGGUGAUGACAUAUGGAGCACGCCCCCCGACUUACAUGUCACGCUUGCUCGGUUUCUAUAACGUAGCAUCAGGGGAACUAAGGGCUGGU